UUGAUUCAACCAGUAAACAGAUUUUUUUUUAUUACUUCGAUUUGCUCUAUAAAAUUUUUUAUAGCGUUCCUGAAAUUCUUUGGCCAUCUAACGAUAGCAAAUGCGGAAUGCCUUUCUCGUUUUCCAAAAUUCUUGGAUUCAUUGCUGGAUUCUAUAUAUCAUUUUGACCGUCUGGAUGCUUCACUGCGUCUUAACGUCUUUGAUACAUUUGGCGCUGUUGGAUCUUCUGCUGCGGCGAAAAAAUUUUUGGAUCGAAAAAGCGAACUAUUCCGCAUCGAACAAGUGAUGAAUUCGUUUGGUGUUGCGAUCGCAAGUGGUCCAAUUGAUUUGCGAGUACGGCAUAUUGAUGCACUGGCAAUGCUUUUGCGAUUCAGAGACGGAGAGGAUCACGAAACGGAAGCGAUUGCAAACAAGUGGUAUAAAUGGCUUGGUGAUCCAUUCUCAUCCAUGAUUGUUGCAUACCUCAUCAGACCAUUUCCUGAUCUUCGGAUGGCAUCGUUACGAUUGGUAUUAGAGCUGAUUGGAUAUAAAUGGGCGGUUGGAACACUCUGUCGCACCUCAAACUUUUUGGAUAAUGUAAUGAAGCGAGAGAUUGAGACAACAGCUGAGGGGCGACAGUGCAGAUAUGAUAUUGUUUGCAAACUGAUUGAUAAUGGUGAAACGAUCAUUCCACCGGAAGAUAUGAUCAAACUGAAAUUGUUCCGUCGUGAGGGGGCAUUUUUUGUGGAACGAAAACCGAUGAUCGAUAUGGAAAACGACUAA